AUGGGGCCGCGUGCCGCUGAGCGGGGCCAGGCUGUGAACUGCGAGCUGAGCGAGCUGCUUGCCGAAACGCCAGCCUCGCGUGCGGCUGAGCCCCGGCUCUGCACACCCACGGUGCAGAUCUCCAGCGGCAACGCCGGCAGGGACAGCGGAAACCCCUUCGUCCUGGCUCGUGCUGCAGCGUUGGCGAGGAAGGGCAAGAAGAUGGCUAGACUUCCUUCCCUGGUCUUCAUCUGGAAGAUGAUCAACUUCUCGUUGCGAAGGGAAGAGCUGCCGGUUUUGAGCUAUGAGUGUCGGUUCAAAAUGGCUGGCGAGGCGCUGACGCUGGAGGACAGCAGACGCAGACACCCUUCCCCUCGCCCUGCUGGCAGGAAGAAGUCUUCACUGGAUCGGGUGUAUUUACUGAGCAAGGUGCUGGAGCAAGAUGUGGUUCUCCAGUCUAUUGACCGUGCCAUUGAGGCUGUGCACAACGCGGCAAUGAAGAAUGGGGGAAAGUACAACCUGGAGCAGAGAGAUGUCCUCCAAAAACUGAUCCAUCACCGGAAGGAGACCGUGUCUCGCAAAGGUCACUCUCCCACCCCGCAGGGGAUGGUUAUGACGCAGUCCUCCAGCGAUCACCAUCUGGAUGUGGCUCGGCAGCCCAACGGGGUCUGCCGGACGGGAUACGAGCGCCAUCACAGCCUUCCAAACACUGAGUUUGAGGAGGAGGAUGAAGGUCUCUAUCAGAUCCCACCACAGCCCCGGCGUGCUGCUCCUAUCACCCCCCCACCUCCAGAGAAACGCAAGAACGUGCAGAGUGCUGCUCCCAUUAAAAACGCUGUUGAAAUUAUCCCUGGGUCAGCCUCUAGUGCCUCCUCUAUAAGCACGACAUCCCUGGAUACCUUGUACACCGCUUCUUCUGCGUCGGAGACCGCUCUCCCGACGGCCACCUCCAGUCCUGCCAACACCCCGACUUCCCCGAAGGACGGGGCCAGCAAAUCUCCCCAGACCAAGAGGGCUGCCCCAGCACCGCCGGCUGAAGCGGGGGUCCAGAGGUCCCACACUGUGGAUGGUGAGAAGGCUUCGCAGGUGAAAAAAGCUGCCCCAGUGGCCGCUGCAAGCCUGGAUGCCUUCAGCUCCCUGUGCCUGGAGGAUAAGAAGGUGGCUGCAGUGGAUCCGGUGCCAGCAGAACCCAGUGGUCUGGUGGCGUCCGUGCCCAAGACGAUAGGUGCCGAACUGAUCGAGCUGGUGCGCAGGAACACCCACCUCAGCUACGAGCUGUCCCGCGUGGCCAUCGGUGUGGUCAUCGGCCACAUCCAGACCUCCGUCCCAGCAACCAGCAGCAUCAUGGAGCAGAUUCUCAUCUCUGUGGUGGAGAGUAAGAAUCUGAGUGCCGGGCUGCCCUCAGGACAGAUCUGCCACGAUGAGCAGCGGCUGGAGGUGAUCUUCACAGAUCUGGCCAGGCACAAGGACGAUGCUCAGCAGCGCAGCUGGGCGCUCUAUGAAGAUGAGAACGUCAUAUGCUGCUACCUCGAGGAGCUGCUUCGUAUCCUGGUGAAUGCAGACCCAGAAGUUUGCAAGAAAAUGUGCAAGAAGAAUGAGUUUGAAUCCGUCCUGUCCCUUGUGGCGUAUUAUCAGAUGGAACACAGGGUGCCGUUACGGCUGCUGCUGUUGAAGUGCUUUGGAGCCAUGUGCAACUUGGAUGCUGCAGUCAUCUCAACGCUUGUAAACUCUGUGCUGCCGAUGGAGCUGGCCCGGGACAUGCAGACUCACACACAAGAUCAUCAAAAGAUGUGCUACUCUGCACUGGUGCUGGCAAUGAUGUUCUCCAUGGGGGAGCCCCUGCCACAGCAUCACUAUGAACAUCUCAACUCUCAGUUUGUGCAGUUCCUGCUGGAUGUGAUUGAGGAUGGUCUGCCCUCGGACGCCACCGACCAGCUGCCUGACUUAUUUGUCAACGUCCUUCUGGCCUUCAAUCUCCACAUUCCAGUUCCAGAACACAGUGUGAUCAUGACUACAAUAAGCAAGCACUCAAAUGUCAAGACUUUCACAGAAAAGCUGCUGCUGCUGCUGAACAGAGGAGAUGAUCCAGUUUGUAUCUUCAAGCACCAGCCUCAGCCACCGCACUCAGUGCUGAAGUUUCUGCAGGACGUCUUUGCCAGCAAGGAUACGGCCAGCAUCUUCUACCACACGGACAUGAUGGUCCUGAUAGACAUCCUGGUGCGACAGAUUGCUGAUCUCUCCCCAGGAGACAAGCUGAGGAUGGAGUAUCUGUCUCUGAUGCACGCCAUCAUCCGCUCCACGCCCUAUCUGCAGCACCAGCACCGCCUCUCCGACCUGCAGGGCAUCCUGCAGCGCAUCCUGGGCGAGGAGGAGGAGAGCCAGCAGUGCCAGAUGGACAAACUGAUCAUCUUGGAGAUUUAUAAGGAGUUCCCAGAAAUCUCUCCCGGUACCAGCUAA